GGAAGUGAUCGUUCCCUGGUGGUUCCCGCAGGCUCCCUAAGAGGUAGGAGAUGCGCCGGCCACUCGCGGCGGGAAGUGGAAUCGAAGGUUAGACGUACGAAUGCAGUUGGGAGGCGGGCGGAGCGGCUGUCUUGCAGUCAGAUCAUGGACUCGACCAAGCACUGGGGAGAGUGGCUCCAGAACGUGCGGGUGUCCCCUGCCGGCGUGUUUGGUGUGGCUUUCCUUGCCCGGGUCGCCCUGGUUUUCUAUGGGGUCGUCCAAGACCGGACCCUGCUCGUGAGGUAUACAGACAUCGACUAUCAGGUCUUCACGGACGCGGCGCGCUUCGUCACGGAAGGGCGCUCCCCGUAUCUGAGGGCGACCUACCGUUACACUCCGCUGCUGGCUUGGUUCCUCACCCCCAACAUCUACCUCGGCGAACUCUUUGGGAAGUUUCUCUUCAUCAGCUGCGACCUGCUCACCGCUCUCCUCCUAUACCGCCUGCUGCUUCUGAAGGGGCUGGGGCCCCGCCAGGCUUGCGGCUACUGUGCCUUUUGGCUUCUCAACCCCCUGCCUAUGACGGUGUCCAGCCGAGGCAACGCGGACUCUAUCGUCGCCUCCCUGGUGCUGAUGGCCCUGUACGCACUCGAGAAAGGACUGGUCGCGUGUGCCGCCGUUUCCUACGGGCUCGCGGUGCAUAUGAAGAUCUAUCCGGUGACCUACAUCCUGCCCAUUGCUCUCCACUUGCUUCCUGAGCGUGACCCUGACAAAGCCCUCCGCCCAGCCCGGUGUUCCUUCCCGGCUCGGUUGUGGGAGUUCCUGGAGAGGCUGUGUAAUCGCGCUGUGCUGCUCUUCGUGGCGGUGUCCGGACUCACGUUUUUUACUCUGAGCUUUGUUUUUUACUGUAAAUACGGCUGGGAAUUUCUGGAGCACACCUACCUUUAUCACCUGACCCGGCGGGAUAUCCGGCACAACUUUUCUCCGUACUUCUACAUGCUGUAUUUGACUGCCGAGAGCAGGUGGAGCCUCCCGCUGGGAUUUGCAGCAUUCCUGCCACAGUGCAUCUUGCUUUCAGCGGUGUCUUUCGCCUACUACAGGGACCUUGCCUUUUGUUGUUUUCUCCAUACGUUCAUUUUUGUGACUUUUAACAAAGUCUGCACCUCCCAGUACUUUCUGUGGUACCUCUGCCUUCUGCCCCUUGUGAUGCCACUAGUGCAAAUGCCUUGGAAAAGAUCUGUGGUCCUCCUAAUGUUAUGGUUUCUAGGGCAGGCCUUAUGGCUGGCUCCUGCUUACCUUCUUGAGUUUCAAGGAAAGAACACCUUUUUGUUUAUUUGGUUAGCCGGUUUGUUCUUCCUUCUUAUCAAUUGUUCCAUCCUGAUUCAGAUUAUUUCCCAUUACAAAGAAGGAUCCCUGACAGCCAGAAUCAAAUAUGACUAACGUAUGUUCUAGAUCUUCUACCACUUUUUGUCUAUUACAUUUUGAUCUGUAUGGAUCAAAAGAGAGCUUCGGAAAUUUUUUGCUGAACAUUUUUAGCACUCCAGUGAAAACUGCCUUGUUCCAACACAAAUUAAAACCAACAUUUGCCUUAUGUGUAUAACAGGGACUCAAUAAUUGAGGUCCAUGCUCUGGGAAAUCUUAGGGCUUAGUUGUUACCUGAUGAGAAGUGAAAGUUAACUUGUUUGAAAAUGGAAAGGCUGAUGAAACUAUCAGAUGCUUACUAAAACAUUCUUGUAGAAAAAUAGGGGGAAUGUAGAUAGAAACAUAAGAUUUAAGCCAGUGUCUAUUAUUUGUUCCAGUUAUGCUACCAUAUUAAGUUUUUUAAAUCUUUCACCACCCCCUUUUCCUUUCUAAACGUUUCCUGACAGCUGUGAAAAUUCACAAAGUAUUCUUAAAGUUACAACUUUUUAAAUUAAAAAGUAUUAAAUAAUACUACCAUGCUUAGUUGGGAAAGCUUUAAAAUUCUGUAUUAAAAAGUGGGGACUUAGAAAUAAUCCAAAGAGUUUAUAUCGAAAUCACAUAUCACAUAUAUAUAUAUAUAUUUUAACAUGUAUUUUAUUUAUUUGAAAAACGGAGUUACAGAGAGAGGUAGAGACAGAGAGAAGUCUUCUGUCUGCUGAUUCACUCCCCAAGUGGCUGCAAUGGCCAGGGCUGAGCCAAUCUGAAGCCAGGAGCUUCUUCCAGGUCUCCCACGUGGGUGCAGAGGCCCAAGGACUUGGGCUAUCUUCUGUUUUCCCAGGUGCAUUAGCGGGAAGCUGGCUCAGAAGCAGAGCAGCCAGGACUAGAACCAGCACCAGCGCUGGGAUGCCAGCGCUGCAGGCUGGGGCUUUAACCUGCUGCGCCAUAGCCAGCCCCUCAUAUUUGUUUUAUAACGUAGUUUUUUGAUGCUUGGUUUCAGGGGUAUUAGACUUUAGUUUUAUACAAAAAAGAUUAAAUUUAUUUUUCAUAAAUGUUUAUUUUCAUAUACAUGAAAGGUAGGGCAACAGAGAGAGAAAGAGAGCUCUAUCUAUCGACUGCUUCACUCCCCAAAUUCCCUUAACAGACAGGAUUAGGCCAGGCUGAAGCCAGGAAUACAGAACUCAACCUGGGUCACUUUGGUGGGUGGCCAUGGCCCAAGCACUUAAGUCGUCAUCUGCUGCCACCCAGGAUGUAUUAGCAGGAAGCUGGACCAGAAGCACCAUGGCUGGGAUUCAAACCAGCACUCUGAUAUGAGAUGCAAGUGUUGUAAUCUGUGGUUUAACCUGCUGCACCACAGUGGCACCCCAAGGAUUGAAUUUAAAUCCAUCCAUCUUUAGACUUGUUAGAUCUUUUAAAAUAUCAUCUUGCUUUCCAUGUUUGAGCCACUCAAACCUUCUGUAACCUGCUCCCACAUUCUUCAACUUACUUAAUUAAGCCUUUAGGUAUUUUGUGCUAUCUUUAUGUUUCCAGUCCAAUCUAGACAUUUUACUUUAAGACAAAAUAAUUUUUAAAAGCAAUGUCUUUUCUUUAUGCAGAGUUUUUUUUUUUUUCUUUUUCUUUUUUUUUUUUUUUUUACCCUUUUUUAAGAUGAACACACUGUGUUAGGAAAAUGGCGCAGUCUUAUCUAUGGCAUGAUCUAUACCCUGACACCACCAUAGGCUCUAGCCCCCGCUGCCAUUGCUGGAAGCCAGGUGGCGGUGUCAAGCUCCACCCCCAUCCUAAUGGGAUUCACUGCUCCUACUUCCCUGUCCGCCCCCUGGCAAAGUUUUAAAAGGACCUGUUCCUGAACAGGCUCUCUCCUCUCUCGCUCACUCGCUGUCUUCCUUUCUCUCUCUCUCUUCCUCUCCUUCUCCUGAUCUCUGUCUCUGUCUGUCUCUCUUACACUCUUCUGCUUCUUUUCCUUCUUCGCCCCUUCCCUCCAGACUGUCGGGUUUCCCCCAAUAAACUCUUUCCCUUACUCUGGUGUUUGGUGUGUUUUGUGGUGGCCUUACACACUGUCCUCUAAAAUUUCUGCAACUUGCCCACAGAUUCUUUUUAUUUAUUUACAUCUGAAAUAAUCAUUUUAAAAGCUCCAAAUUAAUACAAAAAUUCUUAAAUAACAAAUUGUAACCUUAGUUACUUUCAAGCAGUCUUGAAUUAAACACAUAAAUUAUUAGAA